UCUAUAUGUAAUUAAACCACCUGGAGUCCAAUUGGACUGAGGCAAUGUAUACAUUUCAUAAAUAAAUAAAAUUAAAAAAUCACACAUCUAAUUCUUGCAGAAGUAACACUAGGAUCCUACCAUUGCCUCAGAUCCAGGGGCAACUGCAGAGGGCUCAAACAGUCAGAAUGUCAGCUGACACAUCAUCUUAGCCACCAUCUUGACCUUUUUCACACACACACGAACACACAAGGAUGCCCUUGUCCAAAUCUAUGAAUGAACAGGACUCUGCUGAAUAUGGAAAGGCCAGUGUUGGGGCCAAUGGCAUGUGCAUAAGAGUUGAGAUGACAUGGGCUUGUUUUGGUGGGGACCCACUUUCUCUCUCUACUGCCCUGCAUGAUAUUGCUACUUCCAGUAGUAUCCAUGUGUUUCUGGCAAUCUCAUGUUUAACUCAACAUGUAUUUAAGUUCCAUUGUCUAAAUGUUUGUAAUAGAGGGACCGUAAUUUAAAUUUUUAUUCUGUACUGGCAACUGCAGCAAUAUUUUCUUUUUCAAACAUAAAUAACAACAGCAUCUUAUAUCCCCUGCCAGAUUCCUCCAUGAAGUAUCAUAUAAACAUUUCAGAUGACUACUAUGACUACUAUGACUAUGAUAACCUGAAUGAUACUUUGGACUACUCUGUACAUGACAUGAUUUGCAUCAAAGAAGAAGUGAGAUCUUUCAAUCAGUCAUUCCUACCAACAUUUUACUCUAUUGUUUUCCUUGUUGGAGUUGCUGGAAAUUUCUUAGUAGUAGCAAUCUAUGCCUACUUCAAAAAACGGAAGACCAAGACAGACAUAUACAUUCUUAACUUGGCUAUUGCUGACUUGUUAUUGUUAUUUACUCUUCCUUUUUGGGCUGGAAAUGCUGUUCAUGGAUGGGUGUUUGGGAUAUCCUUAUGCAAAAUCACUGCAGCUAUAUAUGCCAUGAACUUUAGCGCUAGCAUGCAAUUUCUGGCCUGUAUCAGCAUUGAUAGAUACUAUGCUACCAUCCAACCACAAAGUCAUCCAAUCACAAGGUCAACAAGGAAGCUAUGUUCCUUUGUCUGGAUGGUCGCCUUCCUUCUUUGCAUUCCUGAACUGAUUUUUAGGACAGUCACAUAUUUCCAUGGAAGAUAUGUAUGUCUUUCCAUUUUUCCUACAAACUGGGGAAAAAUGGUUAAGAUCACCACUGACUCUCUGGAAAUGGCACUGAAUUUUGUAUUGCCUCUCCUGAUCAUACUUAUCUGCUACUCAGCUAUAGCCAGAAUUCUCCUCAAAAGCCCCAGAGCUAAAAAAUCCCAGCCUCUGAAAGUCCUUGCAGCAGUUGUCAUUGCCUUUAUCCUCACCCAGCUGCCUUACAACAUCAUGAAGUUUUGGAAAACCAUGCACAUGAUCCUCCAUCUCAUCCAGGAUUGCAGGAUAAUCAAAAACACUGAUGUUGCAUUGCAAGUAAGUGAGACCCUUGCAUUGUUUCACAGCUGCCUGAAUCCUAUCCUGUUUUUUUUUAUGGGAGCCUCGUUCAAAAUGCAUAUCAUCAACAUAGCAAAACAUUAUGGGUGCUGGAAAAGACAAGGCAGCAUGGUAACUGAGGAGAUCCCCAUGGACUGUGAAGAUCCUGCAGAGCAAACCAGUAGCUUUACAAUUUAGAAAAGGAUAGGAAGAGAGCAUUUAACUUUUUUCAUGUUAGCUGCUCAGUGUCUAUUUGCUCUGGAUGAACUAUGAGAUUUCGGAAAGGUUAUGUUGAUUAUAGUUACUAAAACUACUAGGUUUAAGCAAAAUCAUUGCUACUUGAUUGUACAUACAUACAUACAUAUCCAUUACACUUUACUCUUUCAGGGUAAGCCAUGCUAUGCAAAGGAGUAAGACACAGUAAGAUGAAGAAAUUACAGAAAUGAGACUAGAAAAAGAAAAAAAGUUACAUUUCGUUUACACUAACCCCAUUCACUAUAUCUCUCCAUAUUUUUCUAUCCUUGCAAUUAUCACAUGCUGUUGCCUUGAGAUUGUGUACUUAUGUACUCUAGCCUUGAUAAGUAACUUCUUUUUUGGCAUUUCACCAAUAACAGCUUCCUGCAGUCUGCCUUUGCUAUGCUGGGAAAGCAUUAUUCUUUACAGUAACGAAAUAGACGCAAAAGUGCACCACUCCUCUAUAGACAAAAUCCUGUCAUAAUUUUUGAAAAUAUAUUAUAGAAACAGAGAGAUUGAGAUUCUGGAGAUACUUUUAAAAGAAUAAUAAUCCUACUCUAAAGCAACCUCAGAAUAUAUUAAUUGUAUCACAUGGCACUAUCUGGAAGUCAAGUCAUACUAAUAACAAUCCUAUUCCUAAUGAAGAGCAAGUAGGUCCAUCACUAAGUGGACUAGAUCUUUUUUAUUUACUCAUAGUUCCCACAUAAAGAUACCCAAGUAUUGCUAUUAUAAGUCACAAUACAAUGCUAUGUAUUCAGGAGUUUCAUUCAAUUUAAUGUGGAUUGUUCUCACAGGACUACAGCAUUGAUGACUUGUUAAAAUCAGACAAUGAUGUUUUAAUAUCACUGGUAAAUUAUGAUGGAAAUAUAUUACUCAGAUUUCCCCUACUAAUAAUACAGUAUACAAAUAGCACCUGAAUACUACUAAAUGUUUUGCUAUUGUUGUUAUUUACAAAAGCAGCCUUCAAUACAUCUGUGAUUUCAUACUGUUACGAAAAAGGUGUCAUUACACAUACAGGUAUGGGACACUUGAGGCACAAAUGCUUUGCUGCCAUUUAUAGAACUCCAUGGGUGAACUGGAUGAAGGAUCUGGACCCACAGAAUGAUGGGGGGACAUGUUGAUUCAUCAAAGCUGUUCUUAUGUUCUCACAGGAAUAGAGUUCAUUCCUAAACCCCACUGCAUGCUCAACCCAUAUCCUGGGAUCAAGAAUAACUUCAUCAAUAGAUGAAAUAAACAGUUAACCUUUAGUAUGUAAUUGUUCAAAUACAGGUAAACAAAACAAGAGAAACCUGUAUUUCCAGUCCACUUGAAGAGAAGGAUAUAUUAAUAUGAAAACUGACUAAACUUCUGCUAUAGGAAAU